AUGGCUCCUCUCCGACCAUCGACAACCAACAAUCAUCGUCAUUUCAUUGCUCCUCCUUCUCAGUUCGCACCAACACCACCACCACCUCUUAGCUUUCUUCGUCCAUCACAACAUCACCACCACCAUCUCUCUCCUCAUAUCCACUCCGAUCUCCGUUCACAUAAGAACCACCGCCAUCCCUUAGUUUUCUUCUCAGACCCCGCGUCGUUGUUCACAUACCACCAUGGCUCUCCGAUCUCACCAUCCUUAGCCAUCACCAACGUCAUUCUCACCACCACCACUACAUCCUUCUUCUCUGACCAACUCACACAACCACCACCGUGCUUCUUCCACUCGGAUCUCAACCACCAUGCCUCCUUCUCCGGUGAUACUGGGUCGUCGUAA